UAUCCUUCAGAGCCAAGGGGCAUGUACACUCUCUAAUAAGAAAACACCCCCCAAAAGCUCUGCUAUCAAUAGAACAAAACGAAAAAAAAAGAAGAAAAUUACAAAAUUAUGGCUAACAAAAUAGCCAUUGCUGGGUUAGCCUCAAUUCUUGUUGUGGCUUGUGUGGUAGCAGCAGCUGUUACCAUUACCAAAAGAAAUAGCAGUGAUUCAUCAUCUAAUAAUGAUAGCCAAAUUUCAACCUCAACAAAAUCAGUACAAGCAAUGUGUCAACCAACUGAUUAUAAAGAAGCUUGUGAAAAAAGUCUUGCAUCAGCCAAGAACACAAGUGAUCCAAAAGAACUUAUAAAAGUGGCAUUUGAAUCAACUAUUACUGAUAUUAAAAAUGCCAUGAAAAAUACUAGCUUGAUUCAAGAAGCUGCUAAAGAUCCAAGAACCAAAGAUGCUUUACAAACUUGUGAAUCUCUUCUUAAUGUCUCUAUUGAUGAUUUAAGAAGGUCAUUUGAUAAAGUUGGUACCUUUGAUAUCAACAAGAUUAAGGAUUAUACUGAUGAUUUAAAGACAUGGAUUAGUGCUUCAAUUACUUAUCAAGAAACUUGUUUAGAUGCUUUUGAAAACACAACUGGUGAAACUGGUGAGAAAAUGAAAAAAUUACUAAAAACUGCAGGGGAACUUACUAGUAAUGGUCUUGCUAUGGUUUCUAGUUUUGGUGAAAUGCUUACGAAUUUGCAUAUCCCUGGUAUUAGUCGACGAUUAUUGACAACAGAUUCUGACUACACAUCAGCCUUUGUUGAGGCCGGUUCUCGUCGCCUUCUUCAAGUUUCUGGUGCAAAGCCUAAUGCUGUGGUUGCUCAAGAUGGAAGUGGACAAUAUAAGAGUAUCAAAGAAGCACUUAAAGCUGUGCCCCCUAAGAAUAACCAGACCUAUGUUAUCUUAAUCAAGGCUGGUGAAUAUAAGGAAAUGGUUGAUAUUCCUAGGAGUAUGAUAAAUGUUGUCUUUAUUGGUGAAGGCCCAACCAAGACCAAGAUUACUGGCAAUAAGAAUUUUGCUGAUGGCACUGGCACUUAUCACACUGCCACCGUUGCCGUGAAUGGAGAUGGAUUCGUAGCAAGGGAUAUAGGAUUCGAGAACACAGCAGGAGCAAAGAAGCACCAAGCAGUUGCGCUCCGCGUGUCAGCUGACAAGACAGUUUUCUACAACUGUAACAUAGAUGGAUACCAAGACACACUCUACACACAUUCCUACAGACAAUUCUACAAGGACUGUACUAUAACAGGCACCAUUGACUUCAUCUUUGGUGAUGCAUCGGCCGUGUUCCAGAACUGCAAAAUGAUUGUCAGAAAACCAGGUGACAAUCAAGCUUGUAUGGUCACUGCUCAAGGAAGAAAAGAUCAUCGCGGAGUUGGUGCAAUCGUAUUACAAAACUGCGAUAUCAGAGCUGAGCCAGCUUUUACUAGCGCGCAGCCACCAAUUAAAGCGUAUCUUGGACGUCCAUGGAAAGAAUAUUCAAGAACUAUUAUUAUGCAUUCCUAUAUCGACGCGUUUAUUGAUCCUGAAGGCUGGGCUCCAUGGAAUGGAAAUUUUGCACUUAAUACUUUGUUUUAUGCAGAGUAUCAGAAUAGAGGACAAGGAGCAAAUAUUGAUAAAAGAGUUAAAUGGGGUGGUUAUAAAAGAAACAUUUCACCACAAGAAGCUGAGAAAUAUGCUCCUGCUCAUUUUAUUGACCAAGAUAACUGGAUUAAGAAGACUGGUAUUUCCUACUAGGAAAUCAUAUUGGCUUCGCGUCAUGAAUGUUUAACUUAAAAAUAUCCUUUUAACAAGUUUAUUUUUAUUACAGAUAAAAAUAUGUACUCAAUUAUAUAUGUUUAUUUAGUUUUCUAUUACUCCUAUCUAGUUUGCUU